AUGGUCCCCGCGGAGAGGAGCCCGGGCGGCCGAGGGGACGCGGCGGGAGACGGCGGCUUCCUCCUGCUGCGGGCCCCGGAGAGCGGCAGCGUCCGGAAGGGCUGUGAUCCCUUUGCACAGACCCAGCGCAGCAAACUGCAGCACCGCCGCGCACGAAUUAACCAACAGAUCAACAAGGAGAUGAGAAUGCGAGCUGGGGCAGAAAACCUCUUCAAGGCCACAAGUAAUCACAAAGUAAAAGAAACAGUAGCCUUGGAGCUUAGCUAUGUUAAUUCCAAUCUGCAAUUGCUGAAGGAAGAACUAGAAGAACUGAACAGCUGUGUGGACGUAUACCAGAAUGACAGUGAAUCUAUCAGCGUCCCUAUGAUUCCUUUGGGGCUAAAGGAGACUAAGGAAAUGGAUUUAAUGGCCCCAUUAAAGGAUCUCAUCAGUGAACAUUAUGGAGAAGAUGGCAUCUCAUUUGAAAAGGAAAUCAAAGAGCUCAUGGAGCUGCGGCAGGCCAUGCGGACUCCCAGUCGGAACGAGGCAGGGCUAGAACUUCUGAUGGAAUAUUACAACCAGCUUUACUUUCUUGACAACAGAUUCUUCCCUCCCAAUAAAAACUUGGGCAUCUUCUUUCACUGGUAUGACUCGCUAACUGGAGUCCCUUCUCAUCAGCGCGCCCUGGCUUUUGAGAAGGGAAGUGUGCUCUUCAACAUUGGAGCUCUGCACACCCAGAUUGGGGCACGGCAGGAUCGCACAACCCUGCAAGGAGUCGACCGGGCUAUAGAUGCUUUUCAAAAGGCAGCUGGUGCCUUUAACUACCUGAAGGAGAACUUCUCCAACGCCCCUAGCCUGGACAUGAGCACUGCCUCGCUGAACAUGCUUGUGCGACUGAUGAUUGCACAGGUGCAAGAGUGUGUCUUUGAGAAGGUCACCCUGACCAGCGCCCAGAAUGACUUCUUCACUCAACUGCAGAUUGCACAAGAAGCAGCCAGGGUUGAAGAAGUCUACUUGUUGGUGCAUCAGACCAUGAGCCAGGCUCACGUGAAGGAUUAUGUACCUUUCUCAUGGGCCACCAUGGUCCAUGUCAAGUCUGAGCAUUUCAAGGCCCUCUCCCACUACUACGCUGCCGUUGCACUUUGUGACUGCCCCUCUGUCUCUGAAGCUGACUUCCCAGAGCACGAAAAGGCUUUUGUUCAGUUUCACAUCACCAUGCCGGAGGGACCAUCGCUUCGUCUUGUGCUGCAAGACCCGGAGGAGCGAAGGAAACUGGGCAAGGCUCAUUUGAAAAAAGCUAUUAUGCGACACGAAGAAGCCAUGAGGAUCCAUAGCCUGUGUAAAAUCCUGAGGAAGAUGGACAUCCUCCAGGAGGUCCUCUCCUUCGCUCACAAGCGCUCGCUUAGCAAAUACUCAGAAAUCGAUCACGAGGAAGACUUCUUCGAAACCGGAGAUGCUUCCGACAUUCAUCCCAAAACGAAUCAGAGACCAGAAAUAAAAUCUCCCAACUUCUCCCAGGUGAAGGUGACGGACAUCUUCCAUAGACUGGGCCCUCUGUCAGUUUUUUCAGCCAAAAACAAGUGGUGCCCUGCACGGCGAGUUCAUCUGGCCAGAGGAGAAAAUGGCUUUGGGUUGACGCUCCGAGGGGAUUCCCCUGUCCUGAUUGCAGGAGUGAUACCUGGGGGCUGUGCAUCCGAAGCCGGGCUAAAGGAAGGAGACUACAUAGUCUCUGUGAACAGCGAGGACUGCAAGUGGUCCAAGCAUGCUGAGGUGGUGCAGCUGCUGAAGAGCGUCGGGGAAGAGGGUGUAGACAUUGGCGUGGUAACCCUGCAAAGUUCCAAUGGACAGACCGUUGUGGACAGGAGGUUGGUGGCCAUGUCAUCGGGGGCCGCGCUGCUGAAGAACAAUAAAGAGAAUAGCAGGAAGAGCCUCAUGAACAGCAAGAGUGCCAGCACCCUGCUGGCCUGGAGCAAGAAGAGUAAACGCAGCAAGAGCAGCACUUACAGCCUUCCCUUCACCACUGUGGGAGACGAGUCCAUGUACUGAACCCUUGGCCUGGCUGGGUGCCGGCUUAUUGACGUUAACUCUUGGCAUUGCUGGAGAGCAAGAGGAGAGAGCAGCAGCUAUGUAGCACCGGGAGCUGUGCUGGUGUCAUUGCAAUCAGUUCUUCUAGCCCUGAGGGAGGAGAAGACUCCAGAGCUGAUCCUUGGUGCCUGAGGAGCAUGGCAUCGAGCUGGAUUCUUUCCUAGCAGAGUGGGCUGGCAGGUGUAGAGCUCUCCUUGCUGGUGACCAGCAGGCUCCUGCAUCUGAGCUUACAUGUAAAAGUCCUCUGCUGAAUGGUUUAGGGGAGGGACUGUUGGUUUGUUUGUCUUUUCUGGCUCAUACUCUAGUACCAAGACGGCCUUCUCACCAGCGUUAGUAAGUGCCGGUAUAGUAAACCACCAGCGGGCAAACCAAAAGCUGUGAAGUUCUGUACCGUCUCUUAGGCCUUGAUCUACUGUGUAAAAAAUCCAGUGCACAUGGAUGCCAACUUAGCCAAGGAACUCAUCAGCGUGAAUACACAAAGCAGGAAAUGUGUAGAAUUUUCUCAGCUUCAUCAGCAAAAGGGCAAGGAGUGAGGCACUGAGAUCCAACAUGAACUGAUUGUUAGUAUGUCUGAGGAUUUCUGUUCCAGCGGGGCUGCCUGCUGGCCACCCUAAGGUGGACAGGAAUAGCAGGCCAUGAAUAGCAGGCCACUACUAAGUGCAGAGAACAUAGGGACUGUCUCCAGCUGCUCUGUGGUGGAUUGGGGAAGAAAUUAGAAGUGUAUUUUUCUAAAAACACUAAAGGAAUAUUAAGGUUGCCGAGUGAAGCCCUGAAGAGUCAGGAAACAUCAGAGUUCAAGUUGGACAGGGAACCUUAACUGAGCCCCCUUGUGCACAAGCAUCAUGGUAGGGGCUUGAGGCACGUUUCACAUCCUACUGUAUCUGCUGGUCUCCUGCUUCAUUUAGUGCACAGGGUGAGAGGGCGCACAGAUGGUGGAGUGCUGAAUUUACACACUCAGAUUAUGGGUGGUGAUUCAAAUGAUUUUCCAGAUAACUUUCCAGAAGCACAGCUUUGCACGUGUAUUUGGUUGCUCCUUCUGGUUCAAAUUUUACAAUCUCAGUAGCAUGACCCCAGAGCAGCUCAGCUCUCAUUUCCCUCCAGGUCAUAGAAUCGUAGGACUGGAAGGGGACUUCGAGGUCAUCUAGUCCAGUUCCCUGCACUCAUGGCAGGACUAAGUAUUAUCUGUGGAUGUGAAAUGAACGUUUCACAUGGGCGACACACAGCCCUCAAGUUGUCAGUAUUGAGAAUCUAAAGCAAAUGGGUUAACUAACCAUCUCAUCAGAGCAGAAGCCAUAUCCUGCUCUCCAGAUAUGUUCAGUGGGUGCUGGGUCAAGCUCCAAGUCGUUCAGAAUGGUGUGCAGUGUGAGGGGGCAGAGUUUGGUCUGUGCAUCCAAAAAUCCUGUUGUCACUGAGAAUAUUGGGUGCACAAGCAAUGCUGGCUCAGUCCCCACUUCAGCAAAGCACUUAAGCAAUAUCCAGUAGGGACUUAAACGUGUUUUAAGCACUAUGCGGAAUCAGGGCGCUGGGUGCAUUACUGUAAUGGAUACAUAGCUGUCUGUCAGCUGUUCAAUAGGCACCGGGCCAGGGCAUAACCUACUCCUCUGUAUGAAAGGGAAAGAUGUAUCCACAUAGUCAUUGUCCUUUUUCCACCAGCAGAGAUGGAUCCACCAACAGCCAAAUGGCCUCCUGCUGCUUCUGUGUGAGCUUAAAAUUUCAAGCAACUAACUCCUCCAAAUCAUUAAACUAUUAACAUUUGCCCUGGUAUUGGAGCUCAUGCACAUUGCUAAUAUCCUAAUUCUGUGCUGCCAGCAUUCUUAAUGGUGCAGAGCUGAACGAUGCAUACAUCUUAACAACUGUGCUGUUGCUGCUGGAAAAAUCAGAAGACUAUAUACAUUAUGAACAAUGUUAGUUUUCAGUCCCAUUUCUGUAUUGUGUGUGUGGGGUUUUUGUGGAGGCUGUCAAGCUGUCCGGUCUUCUUGAGUGCGUGAUUGCUGUUGGUAGGUAUAAAAUAUCCUUCAGAGAUGUAAUUGUAUUUUUGUACAAGUAAUAGUUGGUGUCUACUUCUUCCUUUUUUUUUUAAGUCACGAAUAAUAUUUGUAGCAAUAGUUUAAUGGGAUAAACUGAACACAUGUCCCUUAGACUGGUAGCAGAAUAUCUUCUCAUUAGCUUCCUUUGAAUUUUACUUUAUUUUGUUUCAUGCAGCACAAUGCUAAUGUGCCAAGCUGUUGAUCCUAUUUUAUUUUAAAAAAAUAUUGGUUUCCUCCCCUGAAAAAAGGCAUUUCUGUGAAACCCGUUAGGUGCUGAUAAUCUUUUCAUUCAUGCAUCCCCCAAUUCUAAAACUGCACUUGCUCUACAAGUGGAUUCAGAUACUUGCCCGCCACCUGGCUUUCUUUAACUGUUACUUGAGGACCACCUCCGUCCCAUGGUUUGUGGUGAGAAGCCUUCAUACUCCAGGGCAUAAGCCAACCACUAAACUGCCUGGAGUUAGGAAUCUUCCCCAGGGGACAGUUACUUGAUAAUUGUCCAGUAAGGGAUUUCUUGCACCUUCUUCUAAAGCAGCUGGUACUGGCCACUGUCAGACAGGAACUGCUGUACUGGAAGUGAACCAUCUAGUACAGUGCCCGGGGUAAACUUCCCAGCCACCAGGUGAUAAACUUAAUGGGGAGACACCAUUGUGCGUUUAAAUAGAAAUCAGAGCUUCAAGCUUAGAAAUGGUAGGCAUUUUUAAAUGUCGUUUUUGCUGCCAUAAUUGAGGCCUCUGAGCCAGAGACUUAUUUAUUUAAAGCAAUGUGUAUGACUGCAUAUCGCAUUUGUAUCCCCAGAUGCUUAUGUUUACAUCAUCAGGUUUGUGGGUUUUUUUUACAUGCAUUGUGCAUCUUUCUAACACUGGUGGUUUUUAUUUGUAUGUUGACACUCAUCUUUCAAUGAUUAUAAAAUAUGGAUUU